AUGGCACUGCGAAGAAGAUUAUUGGCAGGCGUUGUGGAUCAUGCCGCUGAGACGGAUCCAGAGAGACUGUUCGCCGUCAUCCCCAAAGGAUCGGAGCUAUCCGAUGGGUUCCAAAAUCUGACAAUGAAGGGAUUGUCCCAAGCUGUGAACUUUCUAUGUCGAUGGAUUGAAAACACCAUCGGAACAGAUAUCCCCGAACAGACGCUGGCAUAUAUGGGAAGUAACGACGUGCGGUAUUGUAUCUUUAUUCUCGCUUGCCAGAAGACUGGACAUCGGGCCUUCUUGCCCUCGACAAGAAAUGCAGAUGAAGCCCAUAUCCACCUCUUGAAGGCAACAAAAUGCACAAAGUUCCUCUUUCCCGAAGAACGAAUCACACGUGUUUUGGAAAUAAAGGAACUCUAUCCGGAUCUCGAGAUUUUCCAAGUCCCGUCAGUAAAAAUGAUGCUAGCCGACGAGAGUGGAUUGACACCUUACCGCUAUGAGAAGACGUACGAGGAAGUUGAAGAUACGACAAUGUGCAUCAUCCACAGUUCGGGAACCACUGGAAUGCCAAAGCCGGUGCCCCUGACCAAUGGAUUUUGGAGCGCUUUUGACAAUCUAGAUUGCCUGACCUGGCCGGAAGGUCGUCAGCCAUCCCUUUACUUCAACCUGGGUCGACAAGACCUUGCCUUGGCAACAACACCAUUUUUCCACUUGAUGGGAUUGUUAUCCCCUGUACUUUCAAUUCUCCAUGAGGUUCCUGCUCUGUUCGGACCAGACAAGCCCCUAUCAGUGGAACAUCUCACCAAAUUGUUGCAAAUGACUCGUCCCACAACGGGGCUGUUCCCGCCAUCGCUUCUGGAGGAUAUGAGCCACUCCAAGGAAGCACUGGAGUGCUUCAAAGGCCUCAAAUCCAUUGGGUUUGGCGGGGCUCCACUCGCUCCCGAAACUGGCGACAGGAUACGCCAGUGCACCCAAUUAAUCCCGGUCAUUGGAACUAGUGAGAUCGGCUGGAUCGCCGCGAUGGUACCCCAAGACAGGGAAGAUUGGAGCUAUUUCGAAUUCAACGACAGUUAUGGUGUCGAGAUGCAAAAUGUGGGUGAGGGGCUCUAUGAGAUGGUCAUUCGGCGGAACCCCAAGUCUCGGGCUUUACAAGGCAUCUUCCACACUUUCCCAGACCUCGAACUAUACCGCACCAAGGAUGCUUAUAAUCAACAUCCCACCAAGCCGUAUCUCUGGAAGUUCAAUGGUCGCAUUGACGAUGUCAUCGUUCUCAGCAACGGCGAGAAGUUUAAUCCGACAACCAUGGAGACGAUCAUCGAGGGACACGCCCUAAUUGCCAAAGCGAUUGUUGUUGGUCAGUCCCGAUUCCAGGCUGGCUUGCUGGUGGAGCCAAAUGCUGGAGUCCCGGAGAUGGACACCAAGACUUUUGUUCAAGAGAUCUGGCCUACAGUUCAAGCCGCAAACCAAACAAUUGCGGCUCAUGGUCGAGUGAUGAAGAGCCGGAUUGGUAUUGCCCCAAGGGGGAAGUCCUUCGAAAGAACUCCGAAAGGCAGUGUUCAGCGACGAUCUGUUCUACGGAACUUCGAGAAUGAGAUCAAUCAAAUCUACCAGUCUGGCCUCGAGGAAGAUCUUGACAGCCUGCUCCCAGAGAGUCUGGAUAGGGCCAGCGUUUUGAACUACACCCGUGAGAUUAUUUCACAGAUCUUGGAGAAGCCAGAUGUCUCCAUCAACCAAGAUCUCUACAGCCUUGGACUUGACUCUCUGAUGACCAUGCAGGUGGCCAAGGUGCUGCAGCGAGGUGUCGAACAUCUCCAGAAAAAGGUGAAACCGGGAAGUAUCAACCCGCAAACAAUCUACUCUAACCCUACUGUGGAGCUUCUAGCGGGUGUGAUCUCCAACAUUGUUGAGGGCAGAUCCCAGGAAACUGUUCCCCGCGAUGAGAGAAUCCAAAAGAUGGUAGAGAAGUACACCAAUGAUCUCCCCGAAGCUGAUCACAAAGUCCCGACGCUGUCAGCUUCGCCUUCAACAGUCAUUUUGACUGGAUCUACUGGUUCACUGGGAACUUACCUGCUGCACAACUUGCUUGAGAACCCGGCAAUUUCCAAGGUGUAUUGCCUGAAUCGCUCAGGCGCCGAAGAAAGACAGAAAAAGGGCCUCGAAGACAAGGGCCUUCUUGUGAAUGCCAAUGACUGGGUUUCCAAAGUCGAAUUUUUGCAAGCAUCGUUUGGAGAAGCUCACUUCGGUCUGAGCGAAGACAAGUAUGAAGAGCUUCUCGGAUCUGUCGAUACUGUCAUUCACAAUGCCUGGAAGGUCGACUUCAACCAUUCCCUGGAGUCAUUCGAAGAAACUCACAUCAAGGGAGUACGAAACUUCGUUGACUUCAGCCUGAACAGCAAGUACAAGGCUCAUAUCCACUUCGUCUCCUCCAUCAGCACAGUCGGUGCCUUCACACCAGAGAUGGGAUCUGUAGUACCAGAGACCCCCAUGGAAAACAGCUCCGUCGUCCUUCCUCAGGGAUACGGUGAAUCGAAACACGUUGCAGAGAGAAUCUGUCUGGAAGCUUCUCGUCGCUCUCAAAUUCCCACCUCGGUCUACCGAGUUGGACAAAUUGCAGGACCGACGACCGUUCGCGGACAAUGGAACUCGCACGAAUGGCUUCCAACAAUUAUCGCCACGUCAAAGGCCAUGGGCAAAAUCCCUAGCCGUCUUGGAGCUAUGCCCGUGGAUUGGGUUCCAGUCGAUACUCUCGCCUCAAUCAUGACAGAUAUCAUCGACGCACGACACGGCGACCAAUCUGAACUCCCCCAUGCAGUCUUUCACCUCACAAAUUACAAGACAGCCACUUGGUCAUCAUUCAUUCCGGCUAUUCAACAGAAAUACAACGUCGAGCCGGUCGAGUUCUCGGCCUGGGUAGCGGAGCUUGAAAGCAUUCAGAACCCGUCUACUGCAGAGGUGGCUGAGAAGCCUGCACUCAAGUUGCUCAGUUUCUACCGCGGCCUUGUUGAUGAAACCAAAGCCGCUAUGUCGGUGGCUUUGGAUGUUCAGAAAACGAAGGAAGCCAGCAAGACGAUGAACUCGCUUCAACCUAUCUCUGCAUCGUUGAUGUCAAACUGGCUGAAGCAGUGGAACUUCUAA